AUGAACGUCACAAGAAGCACGAGGGCCCUGGGAGCUCUAAGGCCGCUGGCAGCUCGUUCCGCCCUCAAUGUCCGCCAGUACUCGUCCUCCUCCGAGUCAGACCUCAAGACUACGCUUAAGAGCGUCAUCCCGGCCAAACGAGAACUCUUGAAGAAGGUCAAGGCGCACUCCUCCAAGGUCAUUGGCGAGGUCAAGGUCGAGAACGCCCUGGGGGGCAUGCGCGGCCUGAAGGCCAUGGUCUGGGAGGGGUCUGUUCUGGAUGCGAACGAGGGCAUUCGCUUCCACGGCAAAACCAUCAAAGACUGCCAGAAAGAGCUUCCAAAGGGUAAGACCGGCACUGAAAUGUUGCCCGAAGCCAUGUUUUGGCUUCUACUCACAGGCCAGGUCCCGUCCACAAACCAGGUCCGCCAGUUCUCUCGUGAACUGGCCGAGCAGGCUCAGCUGCCCGACUUUGUCAACGAGUUGCUCGACAACUUUCCUACCGACCUGCACCCCAUGACCCAGUUUGCCAUCGCCGUUUCUGCCCUGAAUUACACUUCCAAGUUCGCCAAAGCCUACGAACAGGGUCUCAACAAGGCCGACUACUGGGAGCCUACCUUCGAUGAUUCAAUCUCGCUAUUGGCCAAGCUGCCAACAAUCGCCGCCAAGAUCUACCAAAAUUCCUAUCGUGGCGGUGGAGCCCUCCCGGCUGAGGUUGACCUUGAACAGGAUUGGUCCUACAACUUCGCUGCCAUGCUUGGAAAGGGCGGUAAGGAGAAUGAGAACUUCCAGGAUCUUCUCAGGCUCUACCUCGCUCUCCACGGCGACCACGAGGGAGGCAACGUCUCCGCUCACACCACCCACUUGGUCGGCAGCGCCCUUAGCGACCCCUUCCUCAGCUACAGUGCAGGUCUUCAGGGCCUAGCCGGACCUCUCCAUGGACUCGCCGCUCAAGAGGUCCUUCGAUGGAUCAUUCAGAUGAAGGAUAAUAUCCCCAAGUCUUAUACUGACAAAGACGUGACGGACUAUUUGUGGAGCACUCUCAACUCUGGCAGAGUGGUACCUGGAUACGGCCAUGCAGUUCUCCGCAAACCCGAUCCUCGCUUUGAGGCACUGAUGGACUACGCCGCCGCACGUCCCGAAAUCGCACAGGACCCCGUCUUCCAACUUGUGCAAAAGAAUAGCCAAAUCGCUCCCGAGGUACUCAAGAAGCACGGCAAGACAAAGAACCCCUAUCCCAAUGUCGAUUCUAGUUCCGGCGUUCUCUUUCACCACUACGGUUUCCACGAGACGCUGUACUACACCGCCACAUUCGGUGUCUCCCGUGGCCUGGGUCCCCUGGCGCAGCUCAUUUGGGACCGCGCCCUUGGUUUGCCUAUUGAGAGACCCAAGAGUAUCAACCUUGAAGGUCUCCUUAAGCAGGCUGAGAGUUCGUAA